AUGAUCAAAGAUGAUCUUAGAUGUCUCAAAAGUAUUCCUAGUAAUGUUACAACAGUCUAUGUUACGACUAAAUAUGAUUUAGAAGCUGAUCAAGAGUAUCUCUAUAGAUUAAUAUUAGAAUCACAAUCAGUAACAGUGUUGAAUGGAUGCAACACAUUGAAGUAUGGAUUACCAAAGUCAAUCAAAUCUAUUAUAUUUAACAAUUUCAAUGAACCACUUUUUAAAGGAUCACUUCCCAAUACAUUAGAGAUCAUAAAUUUUGAAGACAGAUUUUUCAAACAAGAGAUUCUACCAGGCGUACUUCCAGUUGGUUUGCACAAACUUUAUUUGAACAACUAUCAACAUCUAAUUCAAGCAGGUGUACUGCCAGUUGGUUUACGUGUACUAUCUCUUUUCAAAUACCAACAUGAAAUUCUACCAGGUAUACUUCCAGUUGGUUUAAAAAGACUAUCACUCAGUUUCUAUGGUUUCGAAAUUAAACCGGGCGUACUCCCGGAUGGUCUGCGCGAAUUUUCAUUUGGAAGCAGCUUUGGAUUUCAAUAUGAUAUUCAGCCAGGUGUAUUACCAUCGUCUCUUGAAUAUUUAUCAAUUGAUAGUUUUAAUCCACCAGUAGAACCUGUAGAAACAAACCUCGAAGAUUUACAAUAUUCAGGCAAAUCAUUUUUACCAAUUUCAUGGUUACAAGCAAUAUCAUCACUUUCCAAUCUUCAAUCACUUUCAAUUUAUAUUUUCCAUGAAGUUGGCCACGAUAACACUAUAUUCAAUGUCAACUACCUACCACCAACUCUAAAAACAUUCUAUUUUACAUUGAGAGGAACGGCAUUGAGAGGAACAAUGCCAACAUCAUUGAAAUCAAUAUAUCUUGAUUGUCAAUAUAAUAUCAAUGAAAUAUAUCCAGAAACUAAGAAAUAUCACUUGGAAUUUAUGGAAUGUGAAAAUAAUAUUAUUAAAUUGAUUCCAUCAAACAUCAAGAUCGAUGAAUUGAUAAUUCGUGGAGAAUCAAGAGAACCAAAGAUAACUCUUCCAACUGGUUUUGGAAAAAUCAAAUUAUCUUUUAUUUUGACAGAUUUAAAGGAUAGUACAAUCGAAUUUGGUAGAGAAGAUACUAUUGAUCACUCAUUGUGUUCAUUAAGAGAGCUACAUCUUCCAACAUUCAAAGAUGGACCACCUAAAAUUGUUAAACUACCAAACACCAUCGAAUAUCUGAAUAUUGGUAACAAUGAUCUCAAUGAUAUAUUACAUUUGAUACCAUCAUCACUCAAUACUCUUGUCUUUGACAAACAAUCUGAAAUUAAUAUAAGCAUUUCAAACACUAUCAAAUCGAUCACCAAUCUCAUUGUUAAAUUUGAGAUGUUUAAUAUAAGAACUAUUAGAAAGUUGGAUGAUAAUUAUUAUGUGAUGUAUGGUGAAUGCUCCAGAAGAUUAAUUGCCAGAAUAUUUCAUCACUCGAAACUUGAUCAAAUUUUAAACAAUCUACAAUAA